AUGCCGCACACGAACCGGCCCAAGAAACCUCAAGCCGAAAAGCGCCUCGAAGUCACGGACAUCGACGGCUGGACGCACGUCACAACCACCAAGAACGUGCGCCGCGCUCUACGCCGCUCCCACCCCAAACCCCACACCACCCAAGCCGCACAGCAACAAGAACAACCUACCCUCACACCCGCCGAAGCACCCUCACAAACGACCUUAGAAACCCUACAGAAGCAAUUACUCACCCACCGCGAGAAAUGGGAGAGCUCGGAGUCAUGGCGCGUGACACACGCCGGUCUACAGGGCAUAUUUGCAGACUCGGAUCCAGCAUCCGGCGCCCAACCAGGGCUGGCGGUCGAUGAUAUCGUCUGCGUUGGGCUGGGCAGCCCAAGCGGGUUCCUACGAGGCGGGUGGGUGGAUCGGCGGGAUGUAUCGCUGUAUCAGCUCGCCGCGCUGGCGAGUAUGGUGGAUAUGAUGCGGAAACGUCAUCCCUCCGUGCGCGUCUACGCGCAGGACCCCGUCUUCAACGACCUUGACCGGUCCCUUUUAGACUCGCUGGGGUUUACUGUCCUCGAGCACCCCGAGGGGUUUGCGAGGGUCUCUGAUAGGACAUUCUUGUACUGUCCUGGUGCGGAAAGGACGCAUCUCGAGCAAUUGCUUCCUGCCAAUCCGCCGCUUCUCUUCGGGGGUCCGCUGGAGGAGAUUGAGUCGGAGGUUGUGGGGCGGUUCCUUGGGGCUAGGAAGUCGGUCCGCGUGCCUGUGUUUGAGAACAAUGAGCAUGCGUUUUGGAAUAUGCGGCUAUAUUUCCUGGAGAGAUCGGAGGAGUGA